AUGAGUGCUGCUGUGAAAUACCCUGAAGAAUUCGCUGGUUUUGCUGUGCUUGACACCAAAGAUUGGAACAAGCCAAAGUACAUCACCUUUAAGCCAAAGAAGUUGGACGACCAUGACAUUGACAUUGAAAUUGAGUGUUGCGGCCUUUGUGGAUCCGACAUCAUGACUGCCAUGGGUGGCGAAGGUUGGGGUGAGAUCAAGCUCCCACAAAUUGUUGGACAUGAGAUCAUUGGUAAGGUUGUUCACGUUGGACCAAAGGUCACUCAUCACAAGGUUGGUGACAGAGUUGGUUUGGGUGCACAAGCUUUCUCUUGUUUGAGCUGCAGACGUUGUGAAGAUGACAACGAACAAUACUGUAACAAGUCUGUGACCACUUACGACGGAACUUACGCCGAUGGCUAUGUUUCUCAAGGUGGAUAUGCAUCCCAUGUGAGAGCUCACGAGCACUUCUGUUUCCCAAUUCCAAAGGAGAUCAAGUCAAGCGAAGCUGCAUCUUUGUGUUGCGCAGGUUUGACUGUUUUCUCCCCAUUAAAGAGAUAUAUUCCAACUGAUCUGCCUAAGGGAGAAACUCCUAAGGUUGCCAUUUUGGGUCUGGGUGGACUUGGACACUUGGCUGUUCAAAUCUCUGCAGCUCUGGGAGCUGACACCUACGUUUUCUCUAGAACUGACUCAAAGAAGGAGCAUGCUCUGAAGCUUGGUGCUAAGGGUUUUGUGGCUACAGGAACUGAGAAGGACUGGGCCGAAAAGUACUAUGACCAAUUUGACUUGGUUCUCAACUGUGCCAUCUCUCUUUCUGGAGUGAACUUGGGAGGUUUCCUUUCUAUCCUGAAAGUUCAAGGAAGAUUUGUGUCCGUUGGAUUGCCAUCCGCUGAAGAAAAGUAUGAUGUCGCCCCAAUUACUUUCUUCUCCAACGGUUCUUCCUUGUGCUCUUCGAACCUUGGUUCCAGAAAAGAGAUGCUGGAGCUCUUGGACUUGUGCGUCAAGCACGACAUUCGUCCAUGGGUCGAGGAAGUUCCAAUCUCUGAGGAGGGAUGUAACAAGGCUUUGACUAAGGCUUGGGAAGGAGACGUUAGAUAUAGAUUUGUCUUUACUGAGUUCGACAAGGCCUUUGGUACUGGAAAGAAAUGA